AUGCCCCUUCCAUUCCCCCUCGACUUCUCCAGUCCGCUCAGCUCAAAGAUCAUCCGCAGCAAGCUCGACGACGUAGAGAUUCGCGCCUUGGAGGGCAAGCUCGAGCUGCUCAACAUCCAGCGCCAGCUCAGCGCCGUGCGCUGCGAAAACUUCAUCCACAUGCUCCAGACGUCGCUGCAGCACGGCGGCGACGACGACGACUUCUCGCUCGAGCUCGACGAUUUCCCCGUCCGCCGCUCAACCAUCCCGUCGCGUCGCUCCUUCGAGGUCUCGUCGCGCCACUUGCACCUGUCGGAGGACUUCGCGUACCUCGAUGCCGGCGCGGACCUCUCCCGCUCCCGCUCCAACCCCUCCGCAUCUGGCCCCCUCACGCGCUCGCUGGGCUCCCGUUCCGCGCGCUCCAGCACGUCGUCCCCCGCCGGGCUCACGCGCUCGCUGCGGCGCCACGCCAGCCUCAACGUGCGCCGCAACGACAUCUUCCGAUGA